UCGCAUACAUCACAUGUUGGGUCCAGAAUCAAAUGUUAAUGACAAGGGAUUUAGCAUAUAUUGGGCUUGAAUUAAUGGUUGCUAAAAGUCCGCAAAGAGCAACAAAGCACGUGACAGCGAUAAUCGCAGCAGCCGUCUCUCGUACCCACGCGAUGAAGUUCAGACGACCCUGUUUUUAUUGAACAAAUUAUGCGAAAAAUUGUGCAAGAAAGCAGACUCAAAACUUAUUGGACCGAAGAAUUCCCUCUUGUGUGCACGAGAGGUUAACCCGUAGUUCUGUGAUGUCCAUGUACAAUGUGACACUGUUGGGCUGGGAUGAUGGGACGUUCUUUCCUCUUCACAUCACCGCUAUCGUCUGCAUAUCAUGCAGCUUCAUCGCGUCCAUCGUCGUGACUGUGUUGUCAUUCAAAACUCACAAAAAGAGAUUUUACACUUGGCCCCGAAGUGAGCGGUUCGUGGUCUACUUGGCCAUUUGCGAAAUGAGUUUCAGCUUUGUCCAUAUGUUUGACCACGUGACCAUGGUGAUUGAGAAGGACCAUGUCCACCCAUUAGAACUGUGCCAGUUCUACGCCUUUCUAAUGGUCUUUCUGCUAAGCAUUAAGAACUUUAUUUUAAUUGUGAUAGCUUUAAAUGCGUUUCUGUUGAUUCGCUUCCGACGUCAGAUGGAUUUCGGAAUCAGGGACUGGCGGCUGUGUGUAUAUGUGAUGGCGUUCCCUAUAAUUGUGUGUACCAUUUCUGUAUCUCUGCAAUAUUUUGGUCCGGCCGGUGCCUUCUGUAUGGUGAAGCCGGGGUUGGGUACGCUCCUUAUGACGACCAUACCAUGUAUCCUCAUUGUAUUGGUCAACACUACUCUCUACUUGCUCACGUGGUUUCACAUCAGAAGGGUUGCUCAUCAAAUCCGAAGUGUUAUUGGUGAGCAGGCGCAGUCUGGAACAGCAUACGUCAAGGCAGCAAAAACCAUGACGAUGUUUGUCGCCGUGUUCACGGUCCAAUGGUGGGCCGUCUCCGUGUAUGGAACUUGGCAAUUCAUCACGAAUGACGUGCCGUCUAUUGUGUACAUAUUUGUUGUUGUGUUUACCAACAUUGGUGGGUGUCUGAACCUUAUCGUGUUUAUAAAUAUCCAGAAGAAACGGCGACGAAUCCUGGCGCUAGGCACCAAUGAAAACGUCCAAACAUCUCGUCCAAAUGAUGUGAUCCUUUCUAGAGUUAAAACCCCUUUCUCUUCGGACAAAGAUAAAGUACAGACAACAACAGCAACAGAAACACAAAAUGUUAACCAAUCAUCAGCGUAAUGUAAUGCUUGGUAUUGGCAGAAACUUGUACAAUCAUAUUUCUGCAACAGUGCUAUAACUAAAUCGUGACAAAUAAAACAAGAGGCCCUCAGACCUUGACGGUCAUCUGAGUACCAUUACCCUUAGAUUGUCAGGUCAAAGUCUCAUGUUUGCAUUUUAAGAUUCAUAUUGAAGUCUUAACCCUCUUCUGACUGCU